UACCCUGAAGAGGUUUAUAUUUAAACUACUUUUUCUGCACAAGUAAAUGGUAGGAUUUAUAUCUGGAAAAAAAAAAUUGCAGUAUUUGUGACUGAAGACCCUCUAAAUAUUUUCCAGUGUUACUGAGGGGUGGAAGAGGUACCUUUUGUUGUACUGUAGUUCCUCAAGCUUACUUUUUCCACUUCCUAUUAGUUUGCCAUUGCACUGCUGGAUCCUCCACAGUGCUUGCGAGCUGUAUUGUUAGGGGUAUUGUUAACAGUCUUUCUUAUUGCUGGCCCUUUUUUUGUUCUUAGCCCAUUCUGGCAGCUUAUUCAUAAGUCUCUGUGAUGCUCCAGGUUUGUAUUGCUGCUUUUCUAGUCUUUAUUUUGCUUCAGUUCCACCCAGGAAUAACAAAACAUUGGUUCAUCUACACGUAGGAACAAGUGGGCUUUUUUCAAGUGCUGGCAUUGAAGGGCUGUACUCUCGCUGUGUAUUUAUGUGUUUGGAUAUGUUUUAUAUACAGCCAUCAAAACCAUAACUUUGCUGGCGGAUGCUAGCUGAGCAGUCAUUCAGACCUUGCAGCCAAGCCCCCGUGGCUAUGGAAAGAUGAAGCCUUCCUCAGUAGGGAAGUCCCCCACCUUUUGCUCUAUUGCAGGUGCCGCUGGAGAGGGGGCCUGCUCUCCUUUGGCACUUCUUCCUUCAGUCCACCCUGGAGAUGAAGAUUUAUCAAGAGUAGCAAGAGAGUGGCAUGAUCAAAGGCAACACAACGGGUCAAAAGUGAAAGACAGCAAAUGUCAAAGGUGCAGUUCAGCUGAGAUUGAAUUCCUCUUUGGCUGUCCAUAAAUUGUGAAACAGAAGGAUGCAGAAGACUAUCCCUUGCCUUUUUGUACAUGAGUGAUAAGAGCACAAGAUCAUUACUACAAGUUUGCUGCAAAAAUGAGUUCAGAGGAGAAGAGUGUAUCUCCAGCUCACAAAACGUCCACUCCAUCGCAUAGAAGUGCCUCCUCUUCAUCAUCAUCUCAGAGGGACAGGAGGCAGAGUGUUAAUAUUUUGGAGCGGAAGGCUUCUUCAGGAAGCACCGACCCUUCUUUAAGCAAGCAGUUCCUUGAAAGUGACCCUAUCUCUCUAUCCAAGGAACCUGACAGCUGGGAAAUCAUAGAGGGUCUGAAAAUAGGCCAGACAAAUGUCCAGAAGCCAGACAAACAUGAAGGUUUCAUGCUGAAAAAGAGAAAAUGGCCUUUAAAAGGUUGGCACAAGAGGUUUUUUGUCCUGGAUAACGGAAUGCUGAAAUACUCAAAGUCACCAAUUGAUAUACAGAAAGGCAAAGUCCACGGGAGCAUUGAUGUCGGUUUAUCAGUUAUGUCUAUAAAAAAGAAGGCUCGUAGAAUAGAUCUUGACACAGAAGAACACAUCUAUCAUCUGAAGGUGAAGUCCCAGGAUUCAUUUGAUGCAUGGGUUUCAAAAUUACGCCACCACCGGUUGUACCGUCAGAAUGAGAUUGUGAGAUCUCCGAGAGAUGCUAGCUUUCAUAUAUUCCCUUCCGCCUCUACUACAGAGUCUUCACCAGCUGCUAAUGUGUCUGAUGGAAAGGUGCAACAAAAUAGUUUCCCCUGUCAGUCUCCUAUACCUUGCAGUAACAGCCUCCCUGCCACCUGCACUACUGGUCAGAGUAAAGUAGCAGCCUGGUUGCAGGACUCUGAAGAGAUGGACAGAUGUGCAGAAGAUCUUGCUCAUUGUCAGUCAAACCUUGUGGAACUCAGUAAACUUCUUCAAAAUUUAGAAAUACUACAGAGAACUCAGUCAGCACCAAAUUUCACAGAGAUGCAGGCUAACUGUGUAGAUAUUUCAAAGAAAGACAAGCGGGUCACAAGACGAUGGAGAACAAAAAGUGUCAGCAAAGAUGCAAAAAUUCAACUUCAGGUCCCUUUCAGUGCUACAAUGUCACCCGUUCGACUACAUUCAUCCAAUCCCAACCUUUGUGCAGACAUUGAGUUUCAGACUCCCCCAAGCCAUGUAACGGACCCUCUGGAGUGCUCCACUGAGUACAUGAAACUUCAAGAAGAAUUCUGCCUGAUGGCGCAAAAAGUGCAUUCUCUUUUGAAGUCUGCCUUUAACAGCAUAGCUAUAGAGAAGGAGAAGCUUAAGCAGAUUGUUUCAGAGCAGGAUCUUACAGGCCACAAUGCUCAAAUAGCACACCUCAGACAGUCCCUCUCUCAGGCUCUCAACCAGAAUGCUGAACUAAGGAGUCGCUUGAACAGAAUACAUUCAGAAUCUGUUAUUUGUGAUCAGGUUGUCAGUGUAAAUAUUAUCCCUAGUCCUGAUGAGACGGGUGAACAAAUUCAUGUCAGUUUGCCACUGUCUCAGCAAGUUUCUAAUGAGAGCAGGCUCUCUAUGUCUGAAUCCGUUUCAGAGUUCUUUGAUGCACAGGAAGUGCUUCUAUCUGCCAGCUCCUCAGAAAACGAGGCUUCUGAUGAUGAAUCUUAUAUCAGUGAUGUGAGUGAUAAUAUAUCUGAGGACAACACCAGUGUUGCAGACAACAUUUCUCGGCAAAUUCUCAAUGGUGAGCUAACAGGAGGCGCAUUCAGGAAUGGACGGAGAACUUGUCUCCCAGCUCCCAGCCCUGACACCAGUAAUAUCAAUCUGUGGAAUAUUUUGAGAAAUAACAUUGGCAAAGAUCUUUCCAAAGUAUCCAUGCCAGUUGAGCUAAAUGAACCUCUGAAUACCUUGCAACAUCUUUGUGAAGAGCUGGAAUACAGUGAACUCUUGGACAAGGCUGCUGAAACAGAUGAUCCUUAUGAACGCAUGGUUCUCAUAGCUGCUUUUGCAGCGUCAGGCUAUGCCUCUACCUACUUCAGAGCAGGAAGCAAGCCAUUCAACCCAGUGCUUGGUGAAACUUAUGAAUGUAUUAGAGAAGACAAAGGGUUUCGAUUUUUCUCAGAGCAGGUUAGCCACCAUCCUCCCAUUUCGGCCUGUCACUGUGAAUCGAAGAACUUUGUGUUUUGGCAAGAUAUCAGGUGGAAAAACAAAUUCUGGGGGAAAUCAAUGGAAAUUCUGCCAGUUGGAACCUUGAAUGUGACUCUUCCAAAGUAUGGAGACUACUAUGUCUGGAACAAAGUCACUACUUGCAUACAUAAUAUUCUUAGUGGAAGGAGGUGGAUAGAACACUAUGGAGAGAUAACUAUCAGAAACACAAAAAGCAGUGUUUGUAUCUGUAAACUCACAUUUGUCAAGGUGAACUACUGGAAUUCAAAUGUAAAUGAGGUCCAGGGUGUUGUGAUAGAUCAAGAAGGGAAGGUGGUUCAUCGCCUUUUUGGAAAGUGGCAUGAAGGCCUUUAUUGUGGGGUUGCACCUUCAGCCAAAUGCAUAUGGAGGCCAGGCUCCAUGCCAACCAAUUAUGAACGUUAUUAUGGCUUCACGAGGUUUGCUAUUGAGCUCAAUGAAUUAGAUCCUUUACUGAAAGAUCUUCUUCCUUCAACAGAUGCACGAUUCAGGCCGGAUCAAAGGCUUCUGGAGGAAGGAAAUGUAGAAGCGGCAGCAUCUGAGAAACAAAGAAUAGAGGAACUCCAGAGAGCUCGGAGGCGGUACAUGGAAGAAAACAGCAUUGAAUAUGUACCCAAAUUUUUUAAAAAAGUUAUCGACGCUAAUCAAAGAGAAGCCUGGGUUACCAAUGACACCUACUGGGAACUGCGGAAGGAUCCUGGCUUUAGUAAAGUAGAAAUUCCUGUACUCUGGUAAACUGAGAAUGUAGAUCUAGUAAACAUAUCACUCUGAAGAAAAAAAUAACUAUGCACAAUAUGUUUCUUAUAGCUAAGCGUGGUUUGUGGGUCUACGGAAAAACCUAUCAUUUGCAUUUAUAUUCAUCUUUAUAACGGACUUUUGGAAGUGCAUUAGACCAGGCCCCUGACCACUUCUGGAUCUUUUUAAUUUUGCAGCAGCCAUUAAAAAAAAAAAAAAGAAAGAAAAAAAAAAAGAAAUAGAAACCUUUUAAAGUUUCAUACCUGAAAAUUCAGAACUAAAGAAGCAGAUGAGUUAUCCAAAGUCACUCGGAAGAGGUGGUAAACGCAAAACUGCAACCGGUGCUUUAAACAGACAUUAAGAGUAAUGUAAGUUAAAUUAAAAAAAAAAAAAAAAAGGAAGAAAAAGAGAAAAAAUUCCAUUUUGUUUCAACUAUUUUUGUUAAAAACUCUUGGGUCACAACACUGUCAUUUCUGGCUUCAGGUUAGUCCUUUUGUGUGAUGUGGUUGGACUGACCUUUGUCAAAAAGAUACGUUGUUCUGGAAGCUGUUCCCAUUCAUAUGCCAUUGUUCAUGCCUUAAAACAUGAAGAUGUACAGUAAGUAAUUUUAAAAUAUGUAUGCUUAGGCUUGUGUGAAGGGCAGAUUUUUAAAGCACUAGAAUUUUAUCAUGAUAUAAAUAUUGGAGAAGCUGCAUUAUUUAAAAUCAAAAGACAACCAAACAUCUAACUAUUUCGGAGGAAUGAGAUCUACUGUACGUGCUUUAGCUUUGGGAAGCUGACUGUAUAAUCAGACUGAACAGAAACUGCUAACUGGUUGAAUUUGAGGCAAUUUUGUUAAAUGCAUAUGAAUUGCUAGUCAGAAAGUUCAUAUUCUGAAAGACUGAUGCUGAGAUGCAGUCGUCAUUUUUACCGCUGGCUGGACAUAGUCUCACAGUGAAUCUCAUUUACCCGUUAACUGUUUAUACAAUUAGAAUUCCCUCAAGCUUUGCAACAGCAUUAAAAGCACAGAAAGAUUUAAUCGGAAGGCCUCUGGCUUCUCUCCAGAAGCUGGAUAGUACUGUAAAUGCAACUAUUUUCUGCCACACGCACUGUUUACUGGCUCUGUUUUUUCCCCAUACACUUUUCUUAUCUAAAUUUAUAUUUGAGAGUUUGGCAGAGGCUCCUAUGCGUUGUAGCUCACAACUACUACUUGUGUUGCCAGAAUAGCUUUUGUGCAAAAUUAUAUUUUACGGUUUUUCAUAAAGUGAUUCUAUAUUUUUUGAUUAAGAACCAAAUCUCAUACGUGUUGCUAAGCCUCAGUUAAAGUAUGUGGGAGAAGGCUUGGCACUUUCUAUUUGAAAAUCUCUGGAACAUUAAAAGCAGGAAGGCAGAUUUUAAUAAAAGGAAAAAACGUAAUUUUAUUAGGUUAAAAACUGCAUUCCAUAUGGUGUGAUCUAGUCUUCCAUUUAUGCAUGUAUUAUACAUCCAGGCACUGAUGAUAGGUUAGAUUUCAUGCAUAUACACUGUAUUUAUUUCUGCACAUAUAUGGCGUAUGUAGUGCCCUUGAAUUUUUCUAUUUGAGAUCGAUUUCAGUACUGAGACCUAAAAAAAGUUAUUAAAUAGGUAUGUGAUCCUGCCAGCAGAGCAACUUGAACAGUUCCCAGUAGACUACGACGCAUACCCAGCUCUACGCCUGCUUCUUCCUUUUGCAGAGUCAGGUCCCUAGAGAACUGAGAUCACUUUGAUUAUUUAAUAUGCAUUUACGUCUCCCCCUUGUUUGUAUGGCAAAGCGACUGGCUACUAAUGAAUUCCAAUUUCUUCACGUAGUUCUGGUAUCAGGAAGAACUAUGAAAACCUGAAGAAAAUAUUAAGUAGACUUUUUAAGAAUUGUGAAUGCUCAUGAAUUGCUUAUGAAUAUUUGAUAUUAAAAAAAUACGUGCAGAUUAACAGGAUUUCUUCCAAAGAAAAUUUUGAUUUUUUCAAAGAAUGAUAUAUUUUUCUUUACUAGUUGAACCUAGUCUGUCUUUUUUAUUUUAUUUUUUUAGUUUUCCAAUUUUUACUAUAAGAAAAUGAAAAUAUAUCAAAGUUUGGGGUUUUUUAAUCAUGUUUGGUUAACUUCAUCCUACUUACUUUAAUGACAUUACACCAUGAAACAAAUUGGCACAUUGUGGGCAAAAUAGCAAUUAAUUAUCCUGUGUCACUUUCCUUAAAAACAACAUUUUUAAACAUUACUGCUCACUUCAAGCUCCAGUCUUUGUGUGCAGUUCACCGUGAUAUUAGAAAAUAUUAUGUGUGUAGGACUGCAAGUACAUUUGAGAGACAGAAACUGCAUGUCCUCAAAUUUUGUUGAAAGUUGGUUUUUAAUUUAAAUGCAGAAAUAAGGUCUUCAGUUUUACAGUGUUCUGCUAGUGUUUUGUGAAUGGCAUUAUUUGCAAUGCAAAUUGAAACUUGGUGAACACUAAAGAUGCUAUCACUGGUUUAAUUAAUUUUUACAAUUGUUUGUUUGACACUCAUUGAAAGAAAAAUAUCAUUAACUUUUAGAAUUAAAAAAAAUUGGUAAUAUGCUAAAUCUUUUUCUUGAAGGUACUUUUUAAGCCUACUCAAUGUUAAAUUUGUUAACUACUAAGUAGAGGAAACACAAAACCAUGCAUUACAAAAUAUUUGCAGUCUUUAGCUGAAAUUGAAAAGUGCUAGCAGAUAUACUGUAAAGCAAUUUCUUAUAGUGCAGAAUUCUCUGGAUUCUGUGCAAUAUCUUUUAUUCAAUUUUUCCUGUAACCUUGGGCGACAUCAUGACAUAUUUUGUUCUAUUUCUAAAGAGAAUGUGUUAACAAAAGAUAGGUCUGGGGGCUUCUGUCCAAAUUACAAUUUUUAGACAACCUGUGAAAUUUCACCAGCAGUAAGUCGUGGGCGAUAGUGGGCUUUCCACAUCCCCUGCCAGCGCAGCGCAGAAUGGGGUUUCCCAUGCUGCAAUGGGAAUGCGUUGUUGGUCCCUUUGCAGCCCCCCACCCACUGUAAGUGCCUGCUGCUUUUCGGCAGGGCUGCGGCUUGGCUGCCCCUUCCCAGCAUGGGAUUUUUCCGCCCCAGGUGUAGACCUCUGAACUUCUGUUGAACCUCAUGGAGUGUCUUCUGGCCCAGUCCUCAAGCCGAGCAGCAUCCUUCUGAUUGAAGCUCUGCCAUCUGGCACGCUGUCUCACCCUCCUAAUUUAAUGUCAUACGCAAACUUGUUAGCAUGUAGUCUCUUAUGUCCUUGCCCAGGUCUCUGGUGAGAUGUCGAUUGACAUGGGCCACAAAAUUAACCCCUCCAGGGCUGUCCUUGUUGCCGGCUGGUCUGGGGAUUCGGGCGGUUUUCAGCCCACCUCACUCCAUUCAUCCAGGCAGUAUUUCCUUCUGGAAGGCAUGAAAAUAAUACUUACCAACUCAGUAGAUUUAAUUGCUAUAGGUUUGGUAUGUGAUGAAAAUUAGUGCAAAUCAUUUGACAUUUAAAAACUUUUAAACAAUUUAAGAAGUUCUAACUUUCACUACAAAGACAUAUCCUUUGCUUUUCCUGUGCUUUCUCAAAACAUUGAUUUCUGUAUAAAAUACACAACCCUUAUGCUUUAGUUUCACAAUAGUGAACUGUACUUUCAAUUAGUACUUUAAAAGUGUACCUUAAUUCAUUCCCUGUUCUGGUACUGCAGAUAUGAUAGGGUAAAAAUAGUUAUUGUCAUCAAAUGUAAUACCUUAUAAAGAUUUAAAUAGCUUCAUUCCUAUUUUAGAUCUGUAUUAACAAAAUGGUAGAUUUUUCGGCAUAUUAGAAAUUGUUAUCUCGCUGGGAGAUUCAAUUUGAAUAUGAGUUGAUUUUCGUACAGUAUCACUGUGUUUAAAAAGUCAUGUAGGCACCCGUUCUAAUUUUAGACAGAUGUAAGUUGCAUGAAAUAAACUUUUCUGUAUUUGGCUUUAAAAGUGAACUCCCACUAUAAUACUUUUCUUCAUCUUACAAACAGUGUUACUUUUUUUUUACCCUCCUUUUGAACUUCUGACUCUAAAUGAGCUUGUACGGCAUUUAUGGGUUUUAUUUGAAUAGCACGCGCUAGGCACAUGUCAAGUAUUGCAGUAUGUAUACAUGACACAUUUUUGAAAGAUAUUGCCUUUAAUUCCCUACUGAACACUGUUGGAGCUUUAUGGAAGUGAAUUACACAAACGUGAAGGCACACUAGGAGCCAGCGCUGGUCCUGCCCUCACGGGCACCUGGUGAGGAGCUUGCAUCUGGGCCAUGCCCUCUGUUUCCCAUGGAGGUAACAAGGGAUUUUCUCACCCUCGAACCAGGCAGAGGGGAGGCCAGCGCAACGCAGUCUUGCUCAUAGAGUUUCUCUCCAAAAAUCUGUGUUUUUAGAAAUACCCUGGAAGGGAGGGGAGGUUCAUUUGCGCUUGCGCAAUACCCAAGAGGGCUGAAUAUGCCAGUUCUCCGUGAGUUUUGCAAAACUUGCUUUCACUGGCAAAGCUCUGUUAGUAUAGGGAAGGUUUGUGUGGUCUCCUUGUUUUAUAGGAUUUUGAAUGUUGUCUGGUGCAGAGAUAACACUCGCUGUUUAACAUGCCGUUAGCUGCAGUUGUAAUCUGAGGAAUUAACUCUAUUUUGUAGAUGUCAUUACUGGUGCUGGAGCUGCAUAAUGAAAGUAAGGGAGAGUUUUCAGAUUAAAUCCACAUGAAAGGAAAGGGUAUUUGUAUACAUGUGCUAAAAUGACAGGAGAGGUUAAGUUAGAGAAUUAGGCCCAGCUGGGGGGAAAAGAGUAAUGUUGAUAGAAGUGUGUAAGAAACAUUAGAAUGGCAUCAUGGGUCACCCUGGGUUAUAGGCAGACCUGGGAGAAAGCUAACAAAGUUUACUGUGUCAUAACCACUUACCUGGGCAGCUGCUGGGGCUGAAAAUACUGUCUUGGGUUUUCUUCCUGUCUGUCAUUAAAUAACAGUCGUCAAAAUAGUAUAAAACUUGAAUUUGUUCAUUAGACCAUAUAUUGAUAGAAAUUGAGGUAGGCAGGGAUACAGUGCCAACUAAGGUUUUUUUAUUAAUGUGCUCAAAAUUGAAAAGGUAUAUUUAAUAUAAAAAGUAGUAUAAUUUUCUACUUUACCAUCUGUGUUUACGUUUAUUAUAAUUCUGGCAUAAUUCAGAAGCAGUUUCAUGGAGAAAGGUCCUUUUUUUGGGGGGGUGGUUUUGAUUUUUUUUUUUGUUUGUUUGUUUUUAACAGAAGGAUCUAGACUAAGUGUGUAAAUAAAGGUUUAAUUAUUCCUGGGGAGGAUAUCUCCCUGUGCUCCGUUAGAACAGUGAAUGGCACCCACAAGAAUGCUGCAAAUCGCAGUAAGCUCAAAGAAAUGGCUUAUUUACAGCAAUUCAUUUUACUUUUGUAUUACAUAUUGUAAGGAGUCUGCUUACAAAAGCAAAUACAUUAUUUGCUCUUUAAACUAGAGAAUGUAAACCACCAUCAUUCAUUAGCUUCACUGUAAGCUGUGUCUUUCUUCUGCUACACUGAAAAUCCUGUUCAUAAAACAGGAUUUUUGUAUGGUAUUUCACAGGUUUAAAAAGCGAUAGCAAUGUACUUGUAGGUGUUUUAUAUACCCAUCUCCUUUGUCAAGUUCUGUGGCAUUAUAAACCCAUCAUUUAUUUUUUAAUUGUUUUUUUCCUUCCUUGCGAUCUUUGAAAAACCUCAGAAAAGGGAGAGAGAGACUGCAAUGGAGAACAGUGAAACUAGUCACAGCAGCUCUGUCAGUGGCACAGCUGUAACAAAAUAGAAAGUUUUCUAACUUUUAUGAAUUAAAAUGUCAUCAGAGCUGCUGAAUCCGUUUCAGGCAGGUUAUCUUAAUAGCAUUUUUCUUUCCACUGAUCCAUGACAGCAUGAAAAAGGGGAAGAUUGGUGGCAUUUGCUCAGAAUUAAUUCUGAAGGUGAAGGGAAGUUUUUAUUCCUUUUAUAAAUAAAAAUGACUGUAGCCAGCAUUUGGCUGAAGGUGUAUUGGUAAUGUGGACAAAGAGACUUACAUAUUUUAUAAAUAAGAAAACCAUGAAGUUGUAAUAUAUAAUCAGCAGUGUGUAAUAUAUUCUGUCUUGACGUAUGAAUAAUUAAUUGAAGUAUGGUAAAGGUACUUACACGUACUCCUGGAGCAAUGAUCCAGAUGUUGUCUCCUAUGAAACUAAAAUGUAUUUCCAUAUCGACUGCUACUUUUAAUGGUCUACAUUAAUAAAAGAGAGGUAUCUUAUGCUAAUGUAUAAUGUUGCUGGCCCAGAACAUUAGGGAUGCAAAAAGGGAAGGAGUAAGGAGAUUCCUUCAAAAAGUCAGAAGUGGGUAACUUAUCUUUUACGCCUGAGCAUCAAAAUGAUGUAAGUGCUAUACAAGAGCAGCACACAGUGAUAAAUAUUCAAACAGAACUAUUCUUCAUUGAUGUCCUUGUGCCAGUCAGCGUAGCCACGCUUGCAACACCUUUUUCUGAAGUUGCAUUACUAUUUAAUGGCGUGGGGGUUGAUUUGUCAGGUCCACCGAGGACAAUCAGCGUUAGAGUCAGGAUUGCAAACUCACAUUUCUUUUCUUGUAGUCCUGUGCUGAAUGCUCCCUCCCUUCCUUUGUUACAUUCACCUGAACAAGGAAUAUUACAGUAACAUUAACAAAAUUAAGUUUAAUUAAUAAGUUUAAUCCUCAGUAUUUUCCAGGCAAAGGAAAAUUGAGAAUAGCUUCUUCAACUGUGUUGAAGAAAUACAGACAAGCUCUUCAAUUAUCUUUGCAUUUGCUUAACAUUUUACAAAAAAAUUUGAGAUUGGAUCACCAAUAAUAACAUUAUACAUAAAUAUAUUAAACAUGCUUUGUCACCUAUUUUGAAGUCAACAUUUGAAAAUUGUUCCAAUUUGAGGUUAGAAAUUAGUUCUUUUUAGUUCUUGAAAUAAGUGUUACUGGUAUUCUUUAGUGGUUGAAAUGUAGUAUAACAAAUUCAGAUCACAAUAAAUUUUUUUUCAGCUGAGUCUCAAACAAGACCUGACUACUAGCUGAGAAAUAAAUGCUGAUGAGUGUAUUUUGCUAUGCAGGCAUAAAUGCAAAGAUCGCAACUUUUACCUUAGUUAAGCUUUCUCUCUAAUUAGCAAAAGCACUGUUCUUAUUCCUUUAUAAUUUUUUUCUAAACUAAUUAUUUUCAAACAUUCAUUCCUCACUAAGAAUUAAUUACAUGUGAAGUUUAAGUUCUAAAAAUUAAGCAAUGUUUGGAACUCGACAGACAUGAAGAGCAUGCUUUUUGUCUUGCACCUAAUGCUCAGAUCUCCCUAAAUCUCCACCUCUCAAUGGGGGGUGGACCUAUAGUGCUUACUCACGAAAAUGUCAUCGCUGGACCAAAAAGAAAUUUCAGUGGGCUUUUCCGGGUGGGAUUCUUCUUUGUAUAUUGAUUUGUGUCUAUGUUAUUUACUAUAAAACAUGUAAGAAAUCAAGCUGCUGGCAUCUGAUGUCUGAAAUCUUUUCCUCCACCAAAAUGCAUAGCAAAGUUCUUGUUCUUUAUCUGUUACUGCUAGAUUGUCUGAAGCGGAUACUUUAUUUAGCACGUAAAAAGCCAUCAUAAAAUUAAACUACUGUGGUAUCCAGAGAGAUCAUUAUGAUGGUUCUGUAUUAGGAUAUUAGGUAUAUUGUCUUUGUUGUAACCAGUACCAAGACUCUUCUUUGGUUCUUUAUCUACUUUCCUUUGUGUAAUUAACUGUUUCAUGAAUUAUGAUUUCUCCGUAUUUCAACAGCAAAGAAUUCUGUAUUUUCUCUCAUUGUUGCACAAAGUUAAUAUUGGGAAUUGGGAAUAAUGUCACACGUUUUGGGUGAGAUUAGAUCCCAUACGCACAUGUAUGAAAAGUAGUAAAUUUUAGUAUUUAUACCUUGCUCAGACUCUGAGAAUGCCAUUAGAAGAGUAAUAUUUAGAUUAGUUGUCAAUUUUACAUUGCCUUACCGAGCUUCUUUGCUUUUAACUGCCUUUAAUUUCAGAUAGGGAAACAGCCCUGCACCAAUUCUUUAGCAGGCCAAAAUGUCAAAACCUAAAUAGCUAAAAGAGCAUUCUUUGCUGAUUGCCCGUAUCCCUGUGCUCAUUCUACAAAAAAUAAACCCCCCGAAUAUGUUGAUUCCUUGUACGCCUCUUGUGUAGUAUACUUGUAAAAGGAGGUCCUCAGAGUCUUUCCACUGUGAUUAUGCUAUUAUGUCAGCUAGAAAGGUAUACAGAAACUCACUUCGCUGUUUUUAAGAUGAAUUUUAAAGGCAAAUAGUUGCUAUCUAGAAGCCUAACAUAUAAAGCCAGUGCUACUUUUGAGUACUGGGUAGACAGUGUCUCUUUUAGAGGGAAAUAAUUACUGACUGUAACUAGAAAGGGUAUGUGUUCCUAGGUGCACCAGACGAAUUUUUUGUUUUGCUUUGAAAGCAAUAGAAAAGUGUUACUUAAGGGAAAGAAAGAAAAUACGAAGCAUUUAUAUACCCAGCUACCCAAAUGUUGCAGAAGGCAUUAUUUUUGAGCACUGUAAUGUUAAACAUCACCUGCAGCACCCUUAAUUUUAUGCACAGAAGUUCACUGUGGACUUCCAUAAUGAGAUGAUGAAGAAAAGGUUACUGGAAAAAAACAGUCAGUACCAUAAUUUCUAAAUAACUCAAUAGAAUAUUGAUUUUGCAAAUAUUUGUUUCGAAAAUUGUAUAAGAUACUUAAAGUAUUGUGAUAUUUAAAAUCACAAGUUUGGUCCUUCAUAGCACAUUGAGUAAUUUAACAUUUAAAAAAAAAUCUUGAUUGAUCUUGAUUGCUUUCCUACAAAUGCAUUCAUUUGUGCUUGACUAUUCACAAGUUUGGGAUAUCUUUCAGAAUUAUUAUUCUUUACAUAUUAUUAAUUCUCACUCCAAAUACUGGCUGUAACCAUGCCUGUAAAAACAGUUCUAUUGCUUACAGUUGCUAAGCAUCAACAGCCGAGGAAUAACAUCAGUAGGAUAUUAUUUGUAUAUUCCAAAUCUAUAGACUUCUGUUGCACGUGCAAGAGUUAAUUGUCAAUGCACAUCUCAGAUUUUUUUUCUGCUUCAUCUGCUUGGACUCCGAUCUUGCACAGACAUCAAUACGUACUUAGCAUAAACAUUGCAAACAGCCUCAUUGAAUUCAGUUUAGAAGUUGUAGAUACUAAGGUCCAAAUGAAAAGGCUCAACACUGGCAUUCCUGAGAAAUCAAAACAAUUUCCUUGGUUACUAUAACCAGGCGUUACAGUACUUGAUUCCUAGAUGCUUAAACAAAUGCGCACCUGCACAGAUGAGGCUGAGGUGCUGUUGGUCCUCCAUGGAACUCGGUGAGCUUCCAGGUGAGUGGGUGAUCUAGCUGCCCAAAUCUACUGCAGCUGUAGGCCUAACCUACAGUCAAGGCUAGGUAUUCAACUAGUUACACUUAAGCUUAAUUUUGAACAUGUGCACUGUCUUGUGGAAGAUAAAUGUGUGAAACGCAGACGGUUUGACUGCUUGCCAGUCAGAGCAAUACAUCUGACUUUCCUUUGACUCUCUUGCAUUUUGGGACCUUAUUCUGGGGCUUGUAGUAUUUAAAAACCAGUUAACUUCAUGUCUCUGCAGAGCUCAAUUAUGUAUGACAUUUGGAAGAAAGAACAGGAGAUUAAAUCAAUGACAAUUCAUCAGAUUAACGUCUCACUCUGGCAAGCUUAAUUGUAAGAAUAUUUGCAAUUCCUACCCGUUUCCCUGUACUUUCCCCAGGACGGUGCCAGCCCAGAGUGAGGGUUGCUAGUACUGUAUGCCAAUCAAAAAAGGAGACCGAUCUUUCCGAUUUGCAAAGAAGGGCGUGGCUAACUAAGAGCAUGCUCCUAAUCUCAGCCUAGAAAAGCACGAAUGUGAGAAAGUGCCUCCCCGCUCUCCUUCUAGGCCUUAGCACAUAAAUAGAAUUGCUUUUUUUGGCAUAUCAAAUUCUCUGGCUACUUCAGAGACUGAACCUGGCCAGGAAGGAGCAGUAAAAAAACAGUUUUAAGUUCCCACACAGGGCAGCUGGAACACUUACUCCGUGUCUUUGCACUCAUGAGUUGGUUUCGAACAUAAUGUCGUAGUAAUCCAGAGCGCAGACGAGGCCUCAUGCUGACUACCUCUCAUGCAAUAAAAACCAAGCUCAUACAGUUGUUCAUGUUGAUUACAGUCGAGUGUCUUUUGGCCACACGAUUCAGGGAGGUGGUAGCGGGGGGACUAGUAAACAAAAGAAAUUAAUUUAAUUAAGACGUUAUUCCAGUGAUGUAUGCGGUAUACACAAUACCCAUAAUACGGACUCCAACUGAGGGAGGUCCUACAGCUUCUUGUAGGAAAUAAAGGUGAACUUGGCUAUGCUAUAGUUUAUGUUGUGCUCUACAAUGUAACAAAAGAUGUCAUCUGUUUCCUUCAGGCUGAGCCGGAUAUACCAGGAUAUUGUGUCCAAAAAACACACACACAAUUGUAUUUUUUUGAGGAAACAUGAUGCUCUUUUACCUGUUGCAAUGUAAUUGGAUAAUGCAUGUACAAAUGACUUGUUUAGCCUGCCAAUGAAUGUUGCUAAUGCCUUACCAAAAAAAAAAAAAAAAGCAUAUUUUUUGUAUUUUUUUCCUCAGAGGCAAAUCCAAACAAUGCUAGAUUUGGGAAACUGUUUACUGAAAAGCAUUUUCUAAUAGAUCUCUGAAGAAGUGCAAUUGUAUAAUUAUUAUUGUUCAGUGCAUACAGUACAUUGUCUCCAUCACUCUGUACACUGCUGCUAUUAGUGCUUGUUCUAAUAAAUCUCAA